GAUUAAUUUCUAUACGGGUAUCGGUUUGGAUGUGGUCACCAAGUGUAUUCGAUGAAUUUUGAUUCCUUACACUGUAGGAAAAAAGGGUGGGCAAUCUCAGUUUGCCGCUGAAUUCCAGGUUCCGAAGAUACUAUACUAUUUCGAAUCUGCAGCUUAAAGACUUCUAUAAAUUAGCGCGUUGUUCUUCCAUUGUCAACCGAAGCUUCUCUGUUUCUUCCAUCCCUCCGUUACCCUUUGCUCUCGUCUCCAUAUCAACGACUCAAGGCACGGCCUUUGUCUUUGAUGGUUCGAGAGGAUUGAUGUGAAUCAACGUUUCCUCUCUUGAUGGCGACUAAGAGGCAAUCUCAGAAAGAGGGCGAAUCCGGUCGUGGAGUUCCUGACCAGAAUCCAAACAACAGGCCUGCUUCCGAGCUGGUGAGAAAUGUGUUCGGUGGGAUUUCACACGAUGAUGCCGUGAAGAUUUUCGAGCCCUUCUUCAGAAAAACUGUUCGAGAGCAGGUGGAACAUCUCUUGCCAAAGAUACUAGGACAAUCAUCAAGAUCGGGUUCCUCGAGUGACCCUACUGGAACCGCCCAUGGAGUGGUCUUAAAGUUGAGAUUCGUGAAUAAGUUGCCUGCUACCCUAUUCACGGGAAGCAAGAUCGAGGCUGAGGAUAAAUCCCCUGUCAUGAUCGAGCUGAUUGAUUCAAGGACCAACACGAGGGUCACCUCUGAUCCUCUGUCCUCAGCAAAGGUGUUGAUUCAAGUCCUUGAUGGAGACAUUGGCUCCGACAAUGGGGAAGACUUGAGCGAAGGCAAAUUCAAUUCCAAGAUUGUGCGGAAGCGAGAAGGCCGGAGACCACUGAUCACUGGGGACCUGACCAUUACUCUGCGAGCAGGGCUGGGAUCUCUCCCCAAUAUCACUUUCACCGAUAAUUCAAGCUGGAUCAGGAGUCGGAGAUUCAGACUAGGAGCUCGAAUCUCGCAGAAUAUUCCCAUUGGAGUGAUGGUAAAGGAAGCUUUUAGCGGAAGUUUCAUGGUAAAAGAUCACCGGGGCGAAGUGUACAAGAAACAUCACCCUCCGCACCCAAAAGACGAGGUCUGGCGUUUGGAAAAGAUAGCAAAGGAUCGAGUAUUACACAGGCGGUUGGCCUCAAAAGGGAUUCACAAAGUGGAGGAUUUCCUUCGGUUAUUGGAGACCAAACCGUCCCUUCUGAAAACCAUUAUUUGCAAGGGGACCUCGAGCAAGAUGUGGGAGGCAAUUGAGGCGCAUGCCAGAGCUUGUGUUAUAGAUGACGACCAAGCCUUUGCCUAUUUUCAGGAGUCGACAAACACUGGGCUCUUGCUCAACUCGGUCUAUCGCGUUGUCAAAGCGACAUUUGAUGGCUGUACUUACAUCCCAGUUCAAGAACUAACCCUUCAUCAAAAGUUGAGUAAACCUUCAAGAAUUGCCUGUUCAUUAUGUCCAUUUUUAGUGUUUCUUUACCAUCGAAAACUGCCUGAAUUUACUGUUUGGGGAAUUCUCUCGCUGCAGGCUUUGGUGCAAAAUCUGAAGCGCCAAGCAUAUGAAAAUAUGAAUCAGCUAAUACCGGUCAGCGGGGCGCUCGCAGUGGACACUCCACAACCAAUGAGCGGUCUGUCAGCCGAAACGUUUCUUGCACCACAAGAAUACCCGCCAAUACCACUUCAAGGUUACAUCCCUAUGUCCCAUUCAGCUCUGUAUGGCUCUGAAGGUUUGGGCAUCUGGCAGUCGGAAGUUUCGGGACCACAGAUGCAUGUUCCGCCUGACCUGAACUUCACUCCAACAGUAGCAAAUAGCUUCGCGAUAGGCAAUAUCCAGUCCGGAGAUUUUAAUGGAGGGAUCAGUUUUCCUAGUAGUUCCAAAGGACCUGCUAUGACAUCGACAUGUUUUCCUUCCACUUCGGGCUGGGUUCCAGAAAACGGUUUUUUCUUCGGAUCUUCAAGUGGUGUGGCAGGAGAAGGUGGAACUUUUCCAUCUGUUCCUGACUUUGGUUUAGUAUUAGGGCCGAACAACAUACCAGGCUCAAGCCUUGCUGUACAUAAUGGGAGAUCAAGAGUAGCUUGGUGCAAGGUCCGAGCUGCUUUUAAGUUGCGAUCAAUGAGGAAGGUCGCUGCCCGGAGAAGACGCACUUUAGCGUCGGCCGCCCGAUCAAUGAGCUGCUUUUGAGUUCUGUAUGCAAUAUAGAUAUAGUCAGGCUCGAUCUGCAGUAUCUUUCAAGGUUUAAUAGUCUUCGAGCUCUCUGCUUUGUUUCCAACUCAUCAAUGAUGACAAAUAGCAAAGCAUGCAGAGGAUAGGUUUCUUCAUUUUCAGACUUCCGCAACUCUCCAUGUUGCCGAUCGAGGAAUCGAGGGCACUCUUGUUUUCUUUUACGUUGUUGAAGUUCUUGCAUGUUUAAGUGCAAUGAUUAGCUCCUUUGCAGAUUGCGUGAUUAGUGCUUCUUCUUCUUCUUCUUCUUCUAUAAUUAUUCAAUUAUUUAUCCCAGAAGAUUGUCCUAAAGCAAUCUUUCGUGCUUCAUCUCGGAUCUCGAGUCAUCGGGAAGUUCAUAUUUCGAUUGUCCGGAAAA